AUGAGUUAUAACGGUCGUGGUGGAAAUAGUUAUGGAUCAACCAGAGGUUCAUAUGGAAAUAAUCGAGUUCUUAGUAAUGGUAAAGAACGUGAUCGACAUGGUGGUAAUAAUUUACUUGACGAUCUUGAUUCAUUUGUUGUCGGACCAUUACGUCCUGGCCCACCUGUAAUAAAAAAUUUCUAUUCAGAAUCACCAUUAAUUACAAGUCGGACCCAACAUGGCACAGAUCAAUUUUAUGUUCAAAAUGAAAUGUCAAUACGUGGCUUUGCACCUAAACCAAUACUUUCGUUUGAUGAAAUUCAAUUUCCUAGUUCUAUUCGAAAUGUUAUUCAUCAACUUGGUUAUAUUCGACCAACACCAAUUCAAUCACAAGCUUGGCCUAUUCUAUUAAGUGGCAAUGACCUUGUUGGUAUUGCCCAAACAGGUUCUGGAAAAACUUUAUCGUUUAUAUUGCCUGCAUUAGUUCAUGCUGGUGGUCAAUCGAAUGCGCGAUCAGGUGAUCCAUUAGUAUUGAUUCUAGCACCAACACGUGAAUUAGCACAACAAAUUCAAGCAGUCGGUGCUGAUUUUUGUGCAGCAACAAAUGCACGUAGUACUUGCAUUUAUGGUGGUGCACCUAAACCACCACAAAAACGUGAAAUACGUUAUGGUAUCGAAGUUUGUAUUGCUACACCUGGACGUCUAUUGGAUUUUGUUCGUGAAAAAACAAUUAAUCUUGAUCGAGUAACAUUCCUUGUUUUGGAUGAAGCUGAUCGAAUGCUUGAUAUGGGCUUUGAACCACAAAUACGUAAAAUUGUCAAAUGUAUUCGACCUGAUCGUCAAACAGCUAUGUUUAGUGCAACAUGGCCAAAAGAAGUACAAAAAUUAGCAACAGAUUUUAUGACAAAUUGUUCACAUAUAACAUUGGGUAAAGCUGUUUUAAAUGCUAAUCAGAAUAUUCAUCAAAUUGUUGAUGUUUGUGAAGAAUAUGAAAAAGAAUCAAAAUUGGCAAAAGUUUUAGCAGCUGUUAUGCGUGAUCAAGAUUGUAAAGUGAUCAUCUUUGCUCAAACAAAAAAACGUGUAGAUGAUUUCUUUUUUACUAUUAAACGUCUUGGUUAUCCUGUUUUUCCAAUACAUGGAGAUAAACGUCAACAAGAACGUGAUCGAGUUUUACAAGAAUUUCGAAAUCGAUCUCGUGUUAUUCUUAUUGCAACUGAUGUUGCGGCUCGUGGUUUAGAUGUCGAAGAUGUACGUAUUGUUAUUAAUCUUGAUUAUCCACCACAAACAGAAGAUUAUGUACAUCGUAUUGGUCGUACGGCUCGUUCAGGUGCUAAGGGUACAGCUUAUAGUUUUUUUACCCGUGAAAAUGGAAAACAAGCACAAGAAUUAAUACAAUUAUUAAAAGAUUCAAAUCAAGAUGUUAAUGAGAAGUUAUAUGAAAUGGCGAAAACAAAAUACUUUGGUGGUAAUUCUUCUGGUCGUGGUGGAAAUAGUUAUCGAGGAGGACUUGAUCGACGAAAUGGUAUCGGCGGAGCUCGCAAUAAUGAUCGAAAUGCAAAUAAUCUUAAUAAUAAUGCUCGGCCCAGUCGUUUUAGUAAUAAACGAUCUCGCAGUCGUAGUCCAACCCGUCCAUCACGUUUUGAUAAUAAUACACAUGGAAAUGAUUAUAAACGCGCUCGAACAGAUAAUUCUCGUCCUUCACAUGAUGAACCUCUCCGAAAUCCUUAUUCGUCAUCAACAAAUGGUCAUGCUAUGCAUUCACAACGACCACAUCAAAAAUCUCAACCAAAUGGAGUAACAGUAACAUCUCAUCCGCCUCCACCAUUGCCAUCAUCAUCAACAAAUAAUCCUUAUAGUGGAUUUUACAAUCAAAUGACAUCAUAUCCACCACCAUCAAUGUAUCCACCAAGUUAUCAAAUGUAUGGACAAUCAUCACAACAACCACCAUUACCACCAGGUCCACCUCCAUCAUAA